CGUUUAAAUACAGGCUGGAGACGCUGCUUUGCCAGUGUGCUCUGCUGGGCUCUGACAGCAGCAGCGGGGCUGCUCCAGCGCUUUUGGGGUUUCUUUUAUUACUCUUUUUUUUUUUCUUCACUAAAUAAUCCUUUGGGGGGGAAAAGAAAAGAACUUCUCUGGGAGAAGGCUCUGAGACUGCAUGUCCCAACAGUACGCGCUGCAGGAGGCGAAGGGAGACGCGGUUUGCUUCGUACCUGGCUCUCCUCUCUUCUCCGUCCUGAUGGAGCCGGCGUCCUUCUGCUACCCCCGCCUCACCUUUCUCCGCUCGCCCUACGGCCAAUUCGGGGCCAGCGCCGGCUCUUCCCAGGAUUUGGCCCCGUGGCCGCAGCGUUUGGUGCCUCAGAGGUGGAGCAGGCCGGUGGAUGAGUCUCCACCAGCAGCGAUGUCAAGAAAUGGAUACUUCUUUGAAGAGAGUGGGUACCUCAAGUGUGACACGGACGAUGUGAAGGAGGAAGGGGCGGGCGAGGAGCUCUUCGAUGGCGUCAACUCCACCAUCGUGUCCGGGGACAGCAUCCGCUUCUUCGUCAACGUCAACCUCGAGGGCGCUCCCAGCGCCACCGCUGAAAGUGAAGGUGCUGGCUGCGUGUUACUGCACACAUCAAGGAAGUACCUGAAAUUAAAGAAUUUUGAGGAGGAGGUCAGAGCCCAGCGAGACCUGGAUGGCUUCUUGGCCAGAGCCAGCAUCAUCCUGGAUGAAACAGCGACAUCCUUGGACGAUGUUCUCCGGGAGAUGCUGAAACAUUUCGCCGAGGAUCCUGAGAACAUGGAGCCGAGCUGCAAUUUUGAAAAAAUCAUGAACACUUUAUUCACAGAUUCAGGGACCCCACGGGAAGGGAACGGCACCCCUGAUGUUUCAGAGUCAACAGGAAUGAAUGUACAAACAUGUCCAUCGCACCUCAAAUUUCACCUCUUAUCAGACACAAUUCAAGGGGUCACAGCCACAGUCACGGGGGUGCAGUAUCAGCAAUCCUGGCUCUGCAUCAUUUGCACUAUAAAGUCCCUUCAGCGACGUCACGUUUGCAUCAGCCGCCUGGAGAGGCCUCAGAACUGGGGUGAGAACUCCUGUGAAGUCAGAUUUGUGAUUCUGGUCCUGGCUCCUCCCAAGAUGAAAAGCACCAAAACGGCCACAGAGGUGGGCAGGACCUUUGCCACGAUGUUUUCAGACAUAACCUUCCGGCAGAAGCUCCUGGAAACCAAAACUGAGGAGGAGUUCAAGGAGGCCUUGGUGCACCAACGCCACUUGCUGACGGUGGCAAAUCAGAGACCCUCAGGGAUGAGCGAUGGGCACAAGUCACACGGUAACAAACCACUCAAGCUGCACGACUUUCUCAAUAUUGGCAAGGGGAUUUCUGAUGACAUUGCACGAAGAUUCCCAGUGUACGCGCUGGACUUCACCGAUGGUAUUAUUGGGAACAACAAAGCUAUAGGGAAAUACAUCACGACCAUGAUCUUUCUGUACUUUGCCUGUCUCCUUCCAUCCAUUGCCUUUGGGUCUCUCAAUGAUGAAAAUACCCGAGGAGCUAUUGAUGUGCGGAAGACAAUUUUCGGGCAGUGCAUUGGAGGGCUGCUCUACGCCCUCUUCUCGGGGCAGCCCCUGGUUGUGCUGCUGACCACAGCUCCCUUGGCCCUCUACAUCAACGUCAUCCAAGGAAUCUGUGACGACUACAACUUGGAUUUCAGCGCUUUCUAUGCCUGGAUUGGACUCUGGAACAGCUUUUUCCUUGUGAUCUACUCCCUCUUUAAUUUCAGCCUCCUGAUGAAGCUUUUUAAAAGGUCAACAGAAGAAAUAAUUGCACUUUUUAUAUCCAUCACAUUUGUGCUUGAUGCCAUCAAAGGCAUUGUUAAAGUUUUUAAGAAAUAUUACCACCACGGGCACACAGAAGGCGGAAAAUCACGGGCUGAUGCUAUCCCAGGCCUCAGCAUCAACACCACUUUCCUGAUGAACUCCUCAGUGAGCGAGAACCAGACUUGCACUCACGAUGCGCACUACGGGCGCGAGACCGCCGUCCUCAGCCUCAUGUUGAUGUUGGGAACCCUUUGGCUCGGCCACACGCUCUAUCAGUUCAAGAAAAGCCCAUAUUUGCACGCGAGGGUACGCGAAAUUCUGUCCGACUGUGCCUUACCCAUUUCAGUCCUGACCUUCUCUGUUGUGGGUUCCUAUAUCUUCAAGGAAAUUGAAAUGUCCAAAUUCAACUACAACACCUCUGACAGCUUGUUUGUGCUGGCCCCCGUGCAGUCCCUGUCCAUUGGGUCGGUGAUGAGCGCCAUGGGACUGGGAUUUCUCCUCUCCAUGCUCUUCUUCAUCGAGCAGAACAUCGUCGCGUCCCUCGCCAACGCCCCGGAGAACAGGCUGGUGAAGGGCACAGCCUAUCACUGGGACCUGCUGCUCGUGGCACUGAUCAACACGGGGCUGUCGGUCUUCGGCCUGCCCUGGAUCCACGCGGCCUUCCCGCAUUCCCCCAUGCACGUCCGCGCCCUGGCCUACGUGGAGGAGAGGGUGGAGAGUGGACACAUCUAUGAGACGAUUGUGAGUGUGAAGGAGACGAGGCUGACAAGUCUGAUGGCGAAUUUCCUGGUGGGGCUGUCGCUGCUGCUCCUCCCGUUCCCCCUGCAGUGGAUCCCAAAGCCGGUCCUUUUUGGCCUCUUCCUCUACAUCGCCCUGACCUCCAUUGAUGGGAACCAGCUCUUUGAGAGGGUGGCUCUGCUGCUCAAGGAACAGACUGCUUAUCCUCCGACCCAUUACAUCCGCAGAGUUCCCCAGAGGAAGAUCCACUAUUUCACAGGCCUGCAGGUCCUGCAGCUCCUCAUCCUCUGUGGGUUUGGAAUGUCACCCCUGCCUUACAUGAAGAUGAUCUUCCCCCUCAUCAUGAUAGGGAUGAUCCCCAUCAGGUACAACCUGCUCCCGAGGAUCAUCGAGGCCAAGUACCUGGAUGCCAUGGAUGCAGAGUACUGAAGGCAGCACAGACAGCUCCUUUGGGGGCAGAAAAGGCGUGGGACCAUCUCCUGCAGUUCUCUUUCACCACUUUCUUCGUGCUCUGACGUUGGCAAUGCACUCCUGUCACAGCUCCACGGGGCCUGUGCCAGACCAAGGGAGCCUUGGGCUUGAGAGGACGAUGCUCUCUGGAGCUGUGAGGCGAACAAGCUUUAUGGAAAAUGCUACUUCCCACGUCCCCAACCACACAAACCCCAAAGAUCGGCCUGGCUGCACGGUUGGAGCAUCCAGAGUUGUCCUGUGUUCCCUUGUUUGAGGGUGGGGGGAGCUUUUGUAAUGCACCACAUCCUCCUCUUCCCCAGCACUAAGAACAGCAACUGACCCUUGUUUUAUAGAAUGACAGCCCUGUCCUGGCCUUUGAAUCCAAUUCCCUGUGCCCCCAGUAUUCCCAGAUUGGUGUUCUGGGUGGGAUGGCCAAGUGCUAAACCACUGAUGUCAGGAGAGAUUGUGGCUGUUUUCUCAGAUUAAUGGGUUUGGAAACAGUUGCAAUGUGUACUGCUACAAUCCACAGCUUUGGAUGAAUCUCUAAUUUCCUGCAAAUGAGCUGGGAACAUUCAGAGGCCGGGCUCGCAUGGCCCUGUGGAUGAAACCCCAUCUAGGUUUGAGCUGUUUGGGAAUUAGUUUGGAUCAUUCUCCCAUUUCUCCUGGGUAAUCAAACACAGAAUUGUAGUUUUUUGCACGACUGCAGCAUUUUUUUGCUUGCACCCAGAGGGCAGUUGUGUGGAGGUUGCAUAUACAUAUGUACAGUAGUGCCUAUGUGUACAUAUAUACAUAUGGAGUUGUGUAUAUAUUUUGCAUAGAUAUACAAAUAGGCCUGGUUCUUUCCAAAUAUCACAAAGUGUUUUGUGCAGUCAGUGUUACCCACCAUGUCCUGACCAUAUUCUUGUUCUCUGCUUCAGUGCUGCUUUUUCUCCCUUGAGAUAUGGUCACUUUUAUUCUUUUGGAAGCUGCUCAGUUACAGGUUUGGUUCACGUGUUGCUUUAUUCAAGGUGUUUUCUUUGCUUUCUCCUUCCUGUGGCUUCAUCAUUCUGUCUCGAGGCUCCAACAUGUGAAUUUUUCAUUUAAUUUUGAUGUACAGAAUGCAAUGGAAGUUUUCCUCUUUUCGCCUAAUCAAGACUUGUUGGCCAUUUCA